AUGAAUUGGUAGUAAUAAUAAAAAGAUGAGCAUGAAAGUAUUUUUAAUAAUGGAGGUGACUUUUGGUUGCCAACUAAAGUUCAAGAAAGCCAGUUAAAUCUAAUUUUCUAAAGAAAGGCUUUUCAAAAACAAGUUAAAUCUAGAAAGUGGGAAAUUGUACAUUUAGAAUUAUAUGUUGACAAGUAAUUACUUAAUAUAUAUAUAGAUUGGUUAAAAUUGUGAAUAAUUAAGCAGAAUAUUGUAACAUUAAUGCUUGCUAUUUAAAAAAGAUUAAAUAUUUGAAUCCUCAAUUCAACCUUAUAAGCAUGGGUUUAGAUUAAAUUAUGGCAAACAUAGAGCCGAAUUCUUUACAGAAAGUUAAGAUUAUUAUGAAAAAUGGCAAUCUGUUUUGA